GUAGCAUAAGUGGUUAGCAUCAAUUGAGUCACCAAACAAAGAAAGAAUGGAAAAUUGUGAAAGUGGAGAUGUAGGAGAUGGAAGAAGAGAAGAAAUGAAGGUUCCGUUGUUGAAAGAAUACUCAUCAUCAAAGGCAAUACAACUGAAAAAUGAUUGUAAUCAAAUUCAAGGCGGUUUACGGAGGAGAGUUUGGAUAGAAUCGAAGAAGUUAUGGCAUAUUGUUGGUCCAACUAUCUUCACACGUAUAGCUUCUUAUUCUUUGAAUAUUAUCACUCAAUCUUUUGCUGGGCGUCUGGGUAACCUUGAGCUUGCUUCAAUCUCCCUUUCCAUUACUGUUAUCCUUGGUUUUAACUUCGGCUUAUUGUUAGGAAUGGCGAGUGCAUUAGAGACGUUGUGUGGUCAAGCUUACGGAGCUAAACAAUACCGUAUGUUAGGGAUAUACUUGCAGCGUUCUUGGGUUGUUUUAUUUCUCUGUGCAGUUUUACUCUUACCGGUAUACAUAUUCACUUCACCAAUUCUUAAGCUCUUGGGACAACCAGAUGAUCUAGCUGAACAAUCGGGCCUAGUGACUAUCUGGUUGAUUCCUGUCCAUUUUGCCUUCGCUUUUCAACUCCCGUUACAACGAUACCUUCAGUGCCAACAUAAGACACCAAUUACUGCCUAUGUUUCUUGGUUUUUUCUAGCGUUUCAUAUCUUUGUGAACUGGUUAUUCAUUUACAAACUCGGUUUCGGUAUUAUUGGAGCUGCUGUAACUAUGAAUAUCUCAUGGUGGAUUAUAGUUUUGGUCUUGUUUUGGUAUGUUGUUUGUGGUGGUUGCCCUGAAACUUGGACUGGUUUCUCUACUGAAGCCUUUUCUGGCCUUUGGGAGUUUUUCAAACUCUCCGCCGCUUCUGGUGUCAUGCUAUGUUUGGAGAACUGGUAUUAUAGAAUACUGGUUUUAAUGACUGGGAACUUGAACAAUGCUUCAAUAGCGGUCUCAGCUCUUGCAGUCUGCAUGAGCAUAAAUGCAUGGGAGAUGUCAAUUCCAUUUGCUUUCUUCGCUGCAACUGGAGUAAGGGUUGCAAAUGAGCUGGGAGCAGGGAAUGGAAAAGCAGCGAAAUUCGCUUCCAUAGUUUCAGCCACAACGUCUUUGAUAGUAGGGCUUUGUAUUUGUGCUCUGAUACUAAUUUUUCAUGGGAAGUUGGCGACCAUUUUCACCUCCAGCAAUAGCGUCAUCGAAGAAGUUGAUAGGCUCGCAGUCCUAUUAGCCAUCACCAUUUUCCUCAACAGCAUUCAGCCUGUUCUCUCUGGGGUAGUGGUUUGUUCAGGAUGGCAAGCGUCUGUAGCUUACAUAAACAUUGGCUGCUAUUAUAUAGUUGGACUUCCACUUGGUGCCGUCCUCGGAUGGGUUUUCCAUCUUGGUGUCCAGGGUAUAUGGAGUGGCAUGAUAGGCGGCACUGCUAUUCAAACCUUGAUUCUGGUCAUAAUCACCAUUAGAUGUGAUUGGGAUAUGCAGGCUGAGAAGGCAAGCUUGCGAAUGACUGCUAAAAAGUAACGAUAUUGCAAAUUGAACCAAAAUGGAUUUUGUCGAAAACAGCAGAGAUGCGUCUGAGGUAGACGUGCAUGUAUGUGCAACACUGCAAGGAGCCCAAUGUCCUCGCUUUCCUAGACCCUGUUGAAUUAUCUUAUGAUAAAUCAGUUGGGUAUGUUUAGGCUCUCUUUUGCCAGAUUGUUUAUACAUGGAUAUGGUGUCUAGUUAACCAUUUUCUUGGAUUCUAUAUAACUAUAUCUGCCUAGCUAAUUGUCGUCUCCAGAAAUCCUAAUGUCCGACUUCUUAGUAUGAAGAUAAUUUCUGCUUUUUGGAAAAGUAGUUGAGUCAGGUCCUUGUAAUCAUGAUUAGCACCGAAGGAGGAAAAAGAAAUACAUAAACAAAAAAUGAAGAAACUUCGCUAGUCAGAUUAUAAAAACCCAAAAAUUGGUACAAUUAUGAGACCUUAAUGAUAUGACCAUCUAUUUUAUUGCACUAAAUUAGCUAAAGAUUUUUAUUACACUCCAACAUAAUGGCUAAGUUCUAAUAGUUUGAUAUUGUCCCCAAAAGAGAAUUUUUUUUUUGUAAUAGUUUGACAGGAGCAAGACAAAGUUUUGGACAAGAAAGAAGAGUGGUGAGUGGUGACGCUGUUGUAGUGAAGAUGUUGGCAGUGAUGAUAAGGAUGGUGUUGUUUCUCGCAGUUCAUGCUAUUGCCGUUGUUGGAGAUUGAUCAGGGGAUGAAAAGAACGGAGUGAUGGGUUUGACUGUUCCAAAGAAUACUGGUGGAGAAGAUUUGCUAGAGCUGGUGGAGUCUGUGGUCAAGACCAGGGACGUACCAUUACUGCCCUGGAUAGUCACAGGUUCGUGUAAAAAAAAAAGGUGUCGUUGAAAGUUAGUAACAGUUUGGGUGUUACAUGUCACAGUUAAGUGUUACUGAUUAAGUGUUACUGGUGAAUUGCUACAUAAGCGUAACAGAAGAAAAGUUCACAGUUGUGAGUCUUGUGACAGUGGGCGUGACGAAAGAGUUGUAACAGUAAAGAACUGUGAAAGUUUCUGUCAGAGGCGUUGCAGAAAUCAGGUUUGAUGUUGGUUAAGGUAAGAAUCUUUGGGUGAGUGGUUGAUUCAAAGAGUUAAGUCAUGAAUUCGAAAUCAAUGAGGAUGGAGGAUCAAAGGUGGUAUUGCAGUCAAGAGGACUGGUACAGUUUGAUGGCGGAUCAAAGGUAUCUAGGUCAAAAAGGACUGACACGGUUUGAUUAAGUUGACUAGAAUUCAGAAACUUAAAAUGACAAGGUAAGUUGGGUGGUUAUGUUUGAGCUUAAG